GGCAGGAGCUGAUGGGUGGAACAAACGGGGCAGAAAAAGACUAAUAUGACUAACGGAUCCUGGAUGCGUGGUACCUUUAUUUGGAUCUACAGGAAUGUAGGCUCGAGCAGUUCUGCAGCUCUGCCUGCCUCUUGCCUGACACUGGAACUGCUGCUCACAAAGUAGAAUCCUGCUGCUCUUUGGUAGGAAGGAUAGAGAAAGAACAUGGCCUGCAUUUUGAAGAGAAAGUCCAUUGUUGCUGUGAGUUUCAUUGCAGCAUUCCUCUGUCUGAUCAUCGUUCGUCUCACAAAUGAAGUAACUUUCCCUUUGAUCCUAAACUGCUUUGGACAAACCAGUGUCAAGUGGAUCCCAUUUUCUAAUGGCCAAAGGCAGCCUCUGAGAACUCAUUAUGGAUAUAUUAAUGUAAAAACACAAGAGCCUCUCCAGCUUGACUGUGACCUCUGUGCCAUUGUUUCCAACUCGGGACAGAUGGCUGGCCAGAAGGUGGGAGCCGAGAUAGACAAGUCCUCCUGCAUAUGGAGGAUGAACAAUGCCCCCACAAAGGGCUAUGAGGAAGAUGUUGGGAAGAGGACAACCAUCAGGGUGGUCUCUCACACAAGCGUGCCACUCCUCCUCAAGAAUCCAGAGUACUUCUUCAAAGAAACCAACAGCACCGUUUUCGUGAUCUGGGGUCCUUUUCGAAACAUGAGGAGGGAUGGAAAUGGCAUUGUGUACAACAUGCUGAAGAAAACUGUUGACAGCUACCCAACUGCCAAAAUCUACGUGACAACGGAGAAGCGCAUGAGUUACUGCGAUGCCGUKUUCAAGAGGGAGACGGGAAAGGACCGAGUCCAGUCAGGUUCAUAUCUCAGCACGGGCUGGUUUACCUUAAUUUUGGCUAUGGAUGCCUGCUAUGGAAUUCAYGUCUAUGGGAUGAUAAAUGACACCUACUGCAAGUCAGAAGGCUUUCGUAAAGUUCCCUACCACUAUUACGAGCCAGGAAGAGACGAGUGUGAGGAAUACUUUCUCCAUGAAAACGCUCCAUAUGGAGGCCAUAGGUUUAUCACGGAAAAGAAAGUAUUUGCUAAAUGGGCCAAGAAACACACGAUAAUAUUUACACAUCCCAACUGGACAGUGUCCUGAUACUGGUUUACUUAACUCUCCCUUAACAGCAUAUUACAAAAAUGCCUCAGUUUACAAUAGUUUUGCUUACAUCUGGCUGGCCUUUCUCAGCCUAGGUAACACUAAACUAAAAACCAGAAGACAAAGAGGGUGGUGGUUCAGUUGUUAAGCAAAAUUAAUCAUCUGUGGAAGGCAGACAUAUUGUUUGUUAUUUCUUAGGGUUUUAAUCCACACUAUGCACUUUAUACUUUAACUGGAUUUUACUUCAAGGCAGGAGCAGUUAAAGAGAGAUGAGAUUUCCUGUAUAUACAGGUGCGCACAGAGGACAUGGUGUUCCUUUGAAAAUUGUCCAUAAUCGCAGAUACUUAAAACAAGUAUUUGUAGCUUACGUGCUGUGCUGAAGCACUAGUUCAAUUUGUGGUAUCAGUAGAAGUUUUUGACAAGAGAAAUAUGAGGACAACUGUAGACCUCCAAGGUCUAUGAAUGAGCAAACUUUUAAAAACACCUGAAUAUAUUGAUAUACGAUAUAUUGUGGGCACUUGCAUAUACGGUAAAAUUAGAGAUGAGCUAAGCAUGGUUCUUGAACUGUACCCAACUCUUGAAUGAGAAGAUACUACCUACUCAAGACUCCUGAUUAAUUUAUAACUUUUGAAAUGCAGCUUCCUUCCACCCUGGUCAGGCUGCACCAUCUGGGACAAUGUAGUUUGUACUUUUUGCAGCUGUUGUCCCACAAUUCAACUCCAGCAGAAUGGYGCUUGGCAAAGAUUGUGUUUUGCAGCCCACAAUGAACCUUUGGCUGUUGUACCAAUCCUGCUGUCAGUACCCAAGCUGUUGAGUGUAAAGUGGUCUCAUGAAUAUCUCCAUUUACUCCAGUUGUGCCUUUGACUUGCUCCAACAUCCAAAUAASAGUAUUUUGACAGUAUUUCCCAUGCAGCCAUCAUAAUUUAUUUUAGAUCUCCAGUUUCUCCAUCUUUAACAACAAGGAUAGUGUCUACCUACCUCACAAGGGAGUUGUGAGGACUAAUUUAAUUUAAUUUAAAGCACUUUCCUGAUGAAGAAUGCUACAGAUCAUUUAUUCUUAACACAAAAACAAUGGUACCUGUCAUUUAUUCUUGUCUGUUGGGUAUUUGAAGAAAGUGACAGUGUGUCUGGAUCUGAUGGCAAAUUGUUCUGUGCAUCCACUUUCCUACUGAGGAUAAUUUGUAAUACUGAGUUCUCUCAGCUUGCAUUGCUUCAGAUGAAGUUGAAAGAAUUCCCCAUCUCACAGAAUUACCUGCACAUCAAGAGGCAGUUCAAGAAUUUUAAAAUAUACUCAUCUCUAAUUUAAAUAUGUAUUUCCAAGCUUACUGUCAUGGAAAGUUUUCAACUGCAGCAGACUCAUUUGUGGUAUGACCAUAAUUCAACUACACAUGUGAGUUUUAUUUAAACUGUAUUUAAACUUAUGCUUUAAGUUUAGAAUGUGUCCUAUAUAUAUUUUAACAUUUGGAAUGUCAGAUUCAACACUGUAAUAGCCAAUACUGUGAACACUUGAAGGAAUUAUGUGUGGAACAUGUCACACAGGGUUUACUCACACUACAUAGACAUUAACCAACAGGAAACUUUGUAUGCUUUUUUAAAUCAUGAAAAGGGGAAAGUAAAAAGCUAUUUUUACAUGUAAGUAUUUGUAUACUGACUAUUUCCUAUUGUAUAUUUGUAUAUAUAAACCUAGAUUUUAUAUGUUCAUUUCAUAUAUAUUCUCUCAUGAACAGCUCUAGCUCUUAGGAUGGGGAGGAAAUCUCUUCACCAGUAUUCCUCCUCCUGAUCUUUGGUUUCUUGUUCCUGUUGGUAGGUGAUUACAGUGUAUCAUCUCCAUUGCCUCUUCUAUAUUCUACUGUAAUUGCAGUAGUCUGAUUUUCUUUUUUAAAAUAGCUCAGCUCUCACUCCUUACUUUAGUACUCUAAGUAUUCAUUCUCGUUGUCAGGAAAGGCUGGGGCCAUGCUUAUGAUCCUGGAUAAGUGUCUGUAUUCAAAUACAGGCUUUGUCCCAGACUUCUAGCAUGGAUUCAUCUCACCUUCCUGUUUGAAGAAAGGAGAACAAUAUUUUCCUACUCCCUUUCUUGACUGACUUUCUUGAAAGCUGUUGAGAUGAAUACUCCCAUUUUCAACUUAUUUUUAUAAUUAUUUGAAGAAGAGGUGCCCAAAGUGGCUGCAAACUACAGGCAAUGGUUUGAUAUACAAGUAAUUAAAAGUGGCUGUUUCUUGUCCCUGGAGUUUAAAAUCAGCUGUAGGCUGAUACUACAUGGGAUGAAAUCAAAAAGGGGGAAAAGGGUCAUMGUUGGAUGAAGAGCUGUAGUAGCAAAACCCGAUUUGUCAUCAUAUGCAUCUUUUCAGUUCAGAUGGGUAGCUGGAUACAUGGAAAGCUAAUAAAAGAUUGUAAUGCAGGAUUUGAAGAAUGCAGGGCAUGCAGAACUAGGGAGAAUGUGCCACACAUAUUGUACAGGGCAGCCUGGGAAAUCCUAUCAUUCCUUUGAGGGAAGAGGAGCUGAAAAGAAGAACAUCAGCCAAUUGAACUUGUGUUUAGAAGGUUUCUGGGUUAAUAGAAAACUGCUUUGAAAGUACURCACGUGGAAAUUGUUUGGGCUGGACAGACUUGAAUGGAAGUGUCCUCAGGAAGCAGAAUGUUUCUCUCCACGUGAGCAUAAGGAUUCCGCCGGAAUUGUGUUCAUGUGCAAGGUGGUUUUUCAGCCUUUGAAAGUUUUUAAUAUUAUUAAUACUUGCAAAUUCACUACAAACCUGUUGUAAAAUAUGUGCUUCAUUCUGAAGCUCCUUGAAGAGUGCUUGCAUGCUGCAUGGAACAGUAUCACAAAGGAUAGCUAAGAAAAACACAGCUUUAAGAACGUCUAMAUUUACACAAAAUUGAGAACCAAAUUAAGAGUUCAAUUAUCACAGAUCAAAGUAAAAGUCUUGUUCUCUGUCUGGAUUUUCACUAAGAGCAGAUCCACUUAAGAAACAUUGCAGCAGGUUUCAUUCAUACUAAAGAAAAAUGAGCAUCAGUUUCCUUAUUGAAAUGAGCAUGUCUUUAGCAUAAACUUAAUGUGUAUUUACAUUAUUUUUAUUAUCUAAGUAAGGAACUGUGACCACUGUGUUAAAGAUGAUUCUACAAAAAAAAAAACUUUGUCAAAAUCUGUUAUAAAUCAGCUGUGGUGCUGAAGAAAGGAUGUCAGUACUUGGAUGUGUGUAAGGGACCUUGAUGGUUCACCUUCUGAGAGCAGUUAAAACAUCAGCUGCGAAUCAUUUACUAAUUCUUUAAGAUAAAACCUACYAUGGUUUACCUGAAUGUAAUCAUAUCCUAAUUUCUUAUUCAUCCAAGCAGUCCUAUUUUAAUCAACUACUCAUGUGCAUAAAACAAGCAGGGAGUUUACCUGAGGUUUUCAAAAUGCAUUUUCACCUUGCUGCCAAUAGAAGAAUGCUCAAAAAUAAUUUGGCCUCUUUUUGCCAUCAGUGAACCAAGUAGUCAUCAAACAUUUCUUUUAUAAUUUAGGGUGGUUUAAUACACUUUACAGAAAAAAAAGGGAAAAAAAGUCAUAAAUGGCUUGGGUUUAAUAAACACAUUUUAGGUUGCAUUAAGUUCUGACUUUUUUCACAGUAGAAAGUUUUAAAUAGGAACAGAAAUUUUYAUAAGAAAAAAUUCUUUUUAACUUGGUAAUUACUAUUCAUGGAUAAUUAAUUGAAUAAARUAAAAAAGUGUUUUUUCCUUCCCARCUGACACAACAGGCUUGAUCCCAACCUUUUCAUCCACAUUAGAUGUCCAGAUCACAUCCUUCUGCUUMUACCAAGGCCUCUUCUCAGAAAGAAAAAAAUUAUUCUAUAUAUCCAGCCAAAUUCCCUUUCCAUCUGGGCUGGGAGGCUCCAUCUGCAGACUGCUCCUAUCAGUUGCAUCAGUAAAUGGGAAGGACUGAUGGAGAGCUCUACUUAGGAGCAGAUGGUGUUCCAACCUCUAAAAAAUGCCCCUAAAGUGCUUUAGGCAAGGAAUACCCAUUGAUCUCUCCUGGAAAUACUUUACUAAAGUAUUCMGUUUCUUCAAAUGCCUUUAGCUCCUGUGUAGAAUAAUUGUCCUACUCACUCUAGUAGGAAUUAACAGCAGURGGGAAGAAUGGCCUUUACAGGAAAAAAUGGAGGUAAAUUCUGUGUUGUUAAGUAUUUYCACAUUAAACAGCACCAGGGAUGAAGAAGUCAGCCUGACACAAAUUAUCUGAACAYUCGCUGAUUUAGGAAUAUCUGAGGACUCACUUCAAAACUAAUUAAAAUGGCUUUGGCAAGUUCAUGAAUACAGCACCUCCCCAGUAAAAUMUUUGCACUCCUGGGUGCUAAGGUAAGCAGUGUUUUGUCUGGGAAGUACAAUGUGCACAUAAUGCUUUGCAGAAUUAAUAAAGAGAAGCCCAUCCAAUUCUUGGAGGGCUGAUGCUGAUGGUCUUUCAUUAUUCACCUGCUUGUGGGCUGGACUGAAGUAGGACCCCACACAAAGAUAGCUGGCAGCAGAGCACAGAUGCUCAACCAGAAGAUUCCAGGUAAGUAAGAAAUAAGUAAUCCCUCAUGAAUAUCACUGGAUGUUGUCCUUAGUAGAAAAUCAGAAGUACUUUACAUAUUGAUGCUUAAAAUUUGCUGUCUUUUUUUUCCUGCACUUACGUCAGAAAUAGUGUGUCUUUGGUUGUGCUCAGGCAAGGUUGGGGUUUAAUGAUGAACCUUGGGGUACCCACAAGAGUGAACCUCUCUACUGGCAUCACACAGGAGCUGUCUGUGGGCAUUGUGAUGUACUGUGUACAACAGUCAUGUAUUUACUAAAAAAAGGCGUUUUUCCUGACUCUGUUUAGUUCCUUUGAGGAGGAAAUGUUUCAUUUUCAACAGAYGUGUCUCAUUCUGUUUCCUGAGAGGAUGCACAGGAAUGGAACUUAACCAUAGAGGAGUGAAGCCAGCCACCAGAUUCAUUUAUAUCUUUCUGGUUAUUCCUUGAURUAUAUAGCUAAAUACAUAAGGAAGGGGAAGCUUUCUGUAAACCUUGUUUAGCAUGAUCUGCACAAGUCUUGUGUGUUUGUUCUGGAUUAGAGUUUCCUAGGCAAACCCUAUAUAAGGGGCUGAAGAAGAAAGACAAGGUGUCUCCCCAUUGAAAGACAGGAUUUCUGUGGAAGCCAUAAUAAUGUGUGUGGCACAUCUGGCCUGCUCCCCCAGCUUUUGUAGGUCCACACCCAGCUGCAGCUUUGGACCCUUUCCAGCCCCAUUGGAGAAGAAUUCUCCUUCGGACUGAUGCAGCCUGUGAUCUGCACAAAGUCUGCCCAUCCUCCCCUUCUGUGGAUGAGGAAAGUGCUGAAUGUGACCUGGGGGUGCAGUGUCAGAGCAAGGACAYGCUUUCCAGUCAGCAGCGUGAUUUGCUUGAGGCACAGUCUCACCUCAGGUGCUGAACUCUGUUUCUUGGAAUAUUAUAGGAAAGAUAUCACUGACUUUUGUAAUUGUUUGUAUGAUUUACUCACAAAGAGUCACUGUUUUAUGAGUGUCUUAAACAGCUGAUUUCAUGUCUUUUUUUGYAUUGCUUGCUGCUAUUUCUGGGAAUUCCUCAAAAUAAGCAGCUGUCAGCAUCUGCCAAUGCUAUUCUAAUUUAUUGGCCAAGGAGACUGUAAACUUGAACUAAUGCAUGUUCUUACCAUGUAUUAUGCAUGAUAGCAUGUUACACAUUCUCCACUAUAAUAAAUAAUGUAAGUUUUGUGUAAACUUAGUUCAAGCWGCAGAAGUAGUAGUUUUUCUCCCUCUCAUAUCAUAUGUUGGCAAGAGCACUUUGCUGGAGCUCUGUAAGUGCCAUUUGCAGCUGGCAGCAACUAAACUGUUGAAACCAGUCAAGAAAUAAUUACUACAUUUGACAUUUUUCACUGAAAUAUCAGAAAUAGUUCAGCUUGCUUCUGUGAACCUACUCUGGCACUCAAAAUCACAAUUCUAUGUUCUGUUCUAAGAAAAUCUCACAUCCCAAGUGUAACUCGGGAAUUACUUUAUUGACACAGAUGUUGUUAAGAGGUUAGGAGGGCAAUGUUCCCAAAGUUUUUUUAUUUAUAGGUGUAUCUUUUUAAUGGGAAUUGAACCUGUAGAAGAUUGGCUACGAUGGCUGCAGAAUUUUUCAUGUUGCUGCAACUAAAAAUAGUAUUUCUGAUGAUGGUCAAAGGAAAAACAAAUGGUAUGCCCACUGCUCUUUUGGCUGAACAUCUGUGCCCUCCUCAUACACAGACACACACACACAUCUGCAAACACAAUGAGUGUCUGUAGGGAAGGUCCCUUUUUUAUCAGGUAGGGGCAUGUUAGAACAACUAAGACUAAUCUACAUGGUUAAUACAGCCUAUAGUACUUGUUGAUUUACGUUUAUUCUGUGUGUUUCCAAAGCCUGUGUCUGUGUCAGCAAAGAAUUGGCUUAGCUGGAUAGGAUCUGUAGCCUGAAACUGUUGGUGCUAAGGACCUGAUCUCCACAGGUGUGCACAGUCUCCAGUUUGGUCCCAUGGGCUGARUGCCACUGGUGAUUGGAGCACAUCCUUUGUUUCUGUCCAGAAGGAAUCUGGAACACAUCCUCAGGAACACUCCAUCAUGCAAACUAAAGCUCGUCAAGUGAGGCCACUGUACUGGACUGUCCCACAGGAAAGCAGGAUUCCUCCAAGACCAUCUUUCAGCUCAGGCUUUGCAUGGGUAUUUUUCUUUCAAAUCUGAGAUCUGAUUCCUCSUGUCAAAUCAUGGGAAUCAAGGGCUCCUGAUUCUUCCUAAAUCUACCAUCCAAAUGUGYUCUGUAAGGCAGGAGUGUGAUGUAGGACGAAGUUACCCAGCACAGGUACAGCAUGRUAAGUGCUUUGUUUGAUGAAGACUUAAUGUGAUUCUUCUCGUGGAUGUAAUUUUAUCCUGAACAUGCUGGGUGCUUGCUAAUGCAUGCAUUGUUUUUAUAUACUGCAAGACACAUAAAAAUUCCCUUCAUCAUUUUCCCGGGGUAAUUUUGUUCUUGUGGCCUUCCAGUUGUAUCUGUAUAUGUGUGCCUAUAUGCAUGUAUAUACAGUGUGCAAGCAUUCCUGUUUUUAGAAAGUUGCUAUUGUAUGCUGCUAACAUAAACUUUUUUACCAGUUCAUGUUACACAAUUUAUUACAUGUAUUCUUUGGUUGCCUUUUUGUAAUACUGACAAGUGUAUUGAUAGCAGGUACCACUGUAGAAUUAGAAAAUUUUCAUACUAUUUAUACUUAUUUUAUAUGUUUUGCCAUGUGUUUUCUUGCUAUAUGUUACUUAGGUUUUGCUCCCAUUUGGAGAAUGUGCUUCUAUGUAUUUGCAAAAUUGUGCCUGGAUWAUUUUAAAACAUGAAUAAAUGUAUACAAUUUUCCA